AUGAAGGGGGAGUUUUUGAGAAGGUGCCUUAACAAGUGGAAGAAAAUGGGGAGUGGUGUCAUACCUUGUGCUGCAUGCGAUUACUGCUGCCAAUGGGCUAUGUGGUCUUCCAUGCAUAAAAGGGACUCCAUCCCCAAUGAUGUCCCAAAGGGUCACUUGGUUGUCUAUGUAGGAGAGAACCACAAGAGAUUUGUCAUCAAGAUUACAUUACUCAAUCAUCCACUCUUCAAGGCCUUGCUGGAUCAAGCUCAGGACGAAUAUGAUUUCAUUGCAGAUUCAAAACUCUGUAUUCCUUGCAAUGAGCGUCUUUUCCUCAGUGUCCUUCGCUUUGCAAGCUCUCCACAGAAUGAACGGGUGUUUGUGUAA